AAUAUCCGUGUAAUUAAUGGGUUUCAGGUGUAUGCCCCUUUAUAAGCGCCCUCAAAAUAGUAUAACGGGAUUUAGACGUCUAAAUGUGGUGUGUGGUCUAAAUAACACGGUCAAUUGCGUCAAUUAUCUUUACUUAUUUGUGAUAUUGUUUCGUGUACGAAGCUCCACGAAGACGGGAUUCAUCAUCUUCUUAACGUUACAUGUUUGAAAUAAAAAACUGUCUGUGUUGUCUCGAUGAUUAUGAACACGGUCUCCAUUUAACAGUUAACCAUACUAUAAAAAAUAACUAUUCUAUCAGUCAUAUAAACUUGAAUUACGAUACAUGCACUUGCACCAAGGCCAUGCUUCGAAAAUAAGACUUACUCAACAUAACUUUAGUGUGAUGAUACUUAACUUACGGACUAAAAAUGCCGUAAAGAAGUUUGAGAGUAAGUUCACAGUCCUAAGUAAACAUCCAUGGGGACAAAUCACCACUGUGUGAUUUUAACCAAUACACCUUUAUUAAUCAAACAAAGAAAGACGCAGUUUGUCUGUCCGCACAGGCAAAUAAUUCAGUCAACCGUGUUACGUAAAACGCGCGACGCGCCGGGGGCCUUGCGUUCACGUUGUCGCUCAUAAAAUAUGGCGUCGUAGGAAGUCUGUUGUUGUCCGAAAGAAAGUGGCAACACACGGAUAUGAAAAGAAGCGCUUAUGUAGUGAGAGCUGCAAUUGGGACAGAUAGGGUGAGAGUGGUUAUGACUAGCGAUGUUGAGGUCUACGGGUUUCUUCCGUGGGAUCGACUGCCCGUUUUAUUGUGAGACAAAUAAAGGGAAAACCGGUGCAGAUGGGUGCAGUAGACCCUACUGUCACUUCAGACACAGCAAACAAAGACGAGCCUCCUCAGGGAUAUACGACAUCGGAAAGACAAAACCGCUUUCAGCGAACCCUACCGAUCAAGGUUAUGAUCCAUUCAGUCCAGAGGUUGUAAGACCAAGAGAGCAAUAUAAUGGAGAGCCACCAUCAAGCCUGUCGGCAGGUCCGGAUGUGGAUCUGGGCACCAUGGAGCUGGAAUUGGUCAAUAGGGCCAUUGAGGCUGUUCGCACUGAGAUGGAGAGGGACAAGAAGAAGCUUUCUCGGAUUGGAGAUCAGGAAUAUGAGCCCACCACUAGCACUGUUAAGAGACAAAGGCCCACUGCUGCAUCAACCCAUCAGGGCUACGAUCCUGGAAGUUACCAAAUGGGCCAAGCAAAUGAAUACAACCCAACCCCACGCUCCAGUAAAUACACUUUGGACUCUGAGAACAGCGGUAAAAAUGCUAGUGCUUUGGAAUAUGUGCCAACUGUUGUCUCUAAAACAAGUGUUAAGAAGAAACUACCUACGCCAUCCCCUUACGUCCUUCCAGCCCCAGCAGCCUCCUCCAAGCGUAAAUACACGCUGGAUAAUUCCAAACCUUCAUCGGACAUGGAGUACGACCCUCUCUUGAACUACUGCGCUAAGCCGGCUCUUAAAGAACAGAGGACAUGUUCAGAUGGAGAGACGAGAAAGAGAUUUUACCCCACAGAAAAUCAAGAAAAGAAUGAGGAAUAUGUUCCAAUGGCAAAGAAACCAAAGUCAUCAUCCAUCCCAAAAUACACUGCUAGUUUCUCAGAAUCAGACGAGGAAAGUUCGGGGACGGAGUAUCGUCCGACAUCCCUGAGCCGCUUGCAGCUCAAAGGGAUCAAUGCGGGCUUAAAACCGGAAAAAGCAUCAGGAGCACAGGGACAACAAAGCAGGCAGGUGCCUAAAACAGAGGAAAGUUUUUCCCAGAGCGAAUCAGACGAGGAAGUAGAAAGGACAGAGAUUAAGACAAAUGUAAAAAAGAAAAGUCUGCCGAAAAGUAAUAAACCUGAAAAAGCGAAAAAGGAUGAAAAAGAAUCACCUAAAAAGACUGCCAAUCAAAAAGAAAAACAAGAAAGUGCAAGCAGGGACAAAACAUUGAAAAGUUCAAGUAAGGAGAGCGUAAAGAUUAAGAAGAUCCAAAGUAAGCAUGUGGAGGGGAGCGGUAAAUCUAAAGGCAGCUCUACGGAGAAGGUCCGGAAAGAAGGUGUGGUGGUAAAGAGCAGCAAGACACCGGGGAAGGUGAAAGGUGAUCCGUCUCACAGGGAUAAAGACAAAGGGAGUAGCGAAGCCAAGAAGGCCAAAAUUGACAAACCUGCAAAAACCGACAAGGAACCAACCAAGUUCAAAGACCAGAAGAACGGAAGACACGAGAGCAUCAGCAGAGACAAAGACAAAAAGAAGAGCAGCAGCAAUAAAGAGAAAAUUAAAACGAGCAGCUCGGAUCAAAAAGGGGCAAAAGAGACCAAACAGAGGAACUUAAGUCACGUCGACCUGUUCGGUGCUGAAAGCGCCGAUGAGGAUGAUGAGGACGACGAGAGGAUUGUGAGGAAAUCGGCUUCUGCUUUCAAACUGGGAAGCUUCAUGAACCAUACAAGGAAAAUUGAAGUUGCAUCAUCAUCGGAAGAUGAUUUUGAUGAUGAUAAUGGCGGCAAUGAUGAUUACGAUGCAGUGGACUACUCCUGCCUACAGGGUGAGAUGGAGUACGACUCGGACCCCAUGGAGGAGUGCCUGCGGAUAUUUAACGAAUCCAAAGAGGUGAAGACAGAAGACAAAGGAAGGCAAGCCAAGCAGCAUUCAACGGAGCAGCUGGAAGAAGAUAAUGAAACGGAAAGCACUUUAACUACUCUCUUUCCUGGCCAGAAAAAGAGGGUUUCACAUUUUAAGUCUCAAGGAAAAUCAGAGGCAUCACUGAAAGCUGCACCGAUGCCACAGCGCAGGCUCACAGCGCAGGAGAUCUGUUUCCAGCGCAUGCAGGCGGCACAGCAGCAGGCGGCACAGCUGGCAGCCGCAGUUAAGAGCGCGUCAGCUACCACCAAUCCAGUUCUGGGGCUGUCUGGAGAGAAACGACGGGUGGCACACAGGCCAAAUGCCUCCCUGGCCUCCCCAAAAUCUGGACAAGCUGAUGCCAGCAGUCGGGUUUUGUCACCCACGAGACCAGCGACAGAACGGCUUUCUCUUAAAGCUCAUACAUCAGUUGGCAUCUUGUCUAAAACCACAUCCACCACAGUGCAGAAAAGAGUGGCUCACACCCCCACCAUGAAUAGCUCCACCAUGAAGCGACCUGUCAUUCCGGCUGAAUUUGGGGCCAAGGUGCCCACUACCGUCCGCCAACGUUACCUCAACAUCUUCAUAGACGAGUGUCUAAAAUUCAGCCCCUGUGAACAGGAUGCAUUUCAGAUGGCUUUGGAGGAGGAGAAGGUGGUGUAUGACAGGAGCACCAGUAAAAACAUUUACCUGAACGUUGCUGUGAAUACACUGAAGAAACUCCGCAGCAGGAGCACACCUGUCUCUCCUGCCCUCAAGACCCCACCAGCAUCAGUGAAAAGAAAAGUUCAGUCCCACGAAGAAAUGCUCGGUGGACGGCUCGCUGCCACAACGAGCUACACCAUCAACCGCUCUGGCAAACAGCAGGAUCUGAGUCUUAAAGGUGCCAUUCUUUACAAUAAAUUGAGGAAGUAUAUUAUGACAGAGGAGCAGUUGCAGGAACAUGGCUACCCCAGACCACAUCCUGAGAACUCAGGUCACGCUGUGGUUUAUAACCUCCCGGAAAAGAAGAACAAUGACCCUUUUGCCAAAGUCUGUUGUCGAUGUGGUGCUGAGUACAAGAUAAAUGCCAAUGGUAGCUGUGUGCGUAAAGAGGAGUGCAUUUACCAUUGGGGGAAACUGCGAAGAAACAGAGUUCCAGGAGGUUGGGAGACACUUUAUAACUGCUGUUCUGGGGCAGUUGCUUCUCCUGGAUGUGAAGUUGCAAAACAACAUGUACAGGAUGGACGUAAAGAGUCUUUAGAUGGUUUUGUGAAGACCUUCAGCAAACAAUUAUCUGUUGAUGGAAAUGGAGGCGUCUUCGCUUUGGACUGCGAGAUGUGCUACACAAAGCAAGGUUUGGAGCUGACCAGGGUGACUGUCAUUAACGCUGACCUCAAGGUUGUGUAUGACACGUUUGUCAAGCCAGCUAGCAAAGUAGUGGAUUACAACACGCGGUUCUCAGGAGUGACGCAGGAAGAUCUGCAGAACACCACCAUUACUCUGAGAGAUGUUCAGGCCGUGCUACUUAGCAUGUUUAGUGCCGAGUCCAUUCUGAUGGGACACAGCCUUGAGAGUGAUCUCUUUGCCCUUAAGCUGAUUCACAGCACUGUUGUAGACACAGCCAUCGUGUUUCCUCAUCGUCUGGGUCUGCCCUACAAGCGUGCCCUGCGUAACCUUAUGGCUGACCAUCUUAAACGCAUCAUACAGGAUAGCGUUGGUGGCCACGACUCUAGUGAGGAUGCCCGGGCCUGCAUGGAGCUCAUGGUAUGGAAGCUUAAAGAGGAUGCAAAGGUGAAGAGAUGACCUCCGUUUCCAAAGUCAUGACCCAAAAGGAUUUUUGACGAACAGACAUACAUUGAGAAAAGAGUUAGUAAAGCUCUUUGCAACAGGGUUGAACGGCGCUUGUGUCACACGUUCUGCGCCAUAGUAAAUGAUGUGGCACGGAGAAAGAUCGUCAUGGGGAGGUGAUCUGUGGUGAUGUCAUAGAUGGCAAAACCCAGACCAGCAACCAAAGCUUGUUUCCUAUCAACACAAUCUGUGAAAGAAGCAACCCUAACUCGUAUCAUUCUCAAGAAACCCUCGUUAUGGCCCUCGUUGCCAUUUUCAGUUUAAAAUUGAGAACUUGUUGAAAAGAUGGACGUUAGUUUGGUAGAUUUUGAUUGGCCUUUUGUUAAGUUAAAAGAAGUAUUCUAUAUUUUUUGAUAAACGUCUCUGUCACCUCAUCAGUAUUUUAUGUUUCAAAGACUCUUCCUCCAAAUCAUCAACGAUUUGAUCAUUUUUGUUGUGAUGUGGCUGCAGGCGUGUGAAUGAAUGUGUUGCACUCUAUGGAUGUCUGUGGUUAUCAAAUUUGGGAUUAAAUCCACUAUACUUGAAAUCA